GGACAUUAUACUAACAUUCCAGAUAAAUUAUAGGAAGAAUUGUUAAACACAAGGUAACCUUCCCCAUUCCUUGUAGUUGUUGCCACUGUUUCACCCACUGGUGUCUGUAACAUCAAAAGGCUAUGUGCAGAUGUAAUGAAUUGAUUAUGUCAUGUAGGUUCUCACACGUUUCCUGUUCUCCUCCUCACCUCUUCUCUACUGGUUUGCUGCCGGAGUCCUCUGUGAUGCCCUCCCUGGCCUUCCCUCUUCACCUCCCUCCUCUCUCUCACUCACACACCUGGCCAAACCGAUUGUCACAAGCCUACUUCCGCCUUUUGGAUACAAUCAAUCAAGAUCACUUCAUAAAGCACAACUGAUAGUCCUAUAUUUUCUGUCUUAUGUAGUGAUUGGAUUUAUACUGCACUGCAAUUUUUAUCCUUGGACAUAAGAACAUCUUGAUGCUCAUUCAUUCCCGACUCGCGAGGCCAAACGGCAAGAUGGCCUUUGAACCGCGAAACUCACGUGACACCUUCCUCCACCUAAGGAAGUAAACAACUCUCCUUCAAGGAAGUCAGCAAAUCUCUUCAUCUCUAGCUUUCUUCGGCGAUCCUGAAGCUGGACCUCUAAGGGGACUAUCGUGUUCUAACUCUAGUACCGUCAGAACGCGACGAAACUAUACAACUGCCAGAGAAAUUCAGUGCAAGAAACGCCGCCCCGCCAUUCUGGGUCUCUCCCACCGAGCCGGCACUUCGCCGCCCCGACGCAGUUGAUCGAUCCUCAAAAUCACCAGUUCGCUGAAGCUCCAGUGAAGACGGUGGAAGUUCUCACCGGCUAUAUACCGCUACUGCGUGCCGUCCCGUGCUCCAGUUUCAAAUCGCCGCCAUGAGCAGCGGAAGCGGAGCCGGAGCGGAAGAAACCCCACGAUCUGUUGGCCCAGAAGGAAGUAGCGCGGCUAGCGCUAUUGCCGCAAUGGCAGCUUCCCUGGGUCUACCUGCUUCCUCCAUUGAAGUCCUCACCAACACACUCACUGCCAAUUCAGGUGUCUCUGCAGGGGAUGUCUUGCCAGCCAUAUCCAGCAUGCUGGGUCUGGACAGCUCUGCCCUGGAGACCCUGGCGGCCACUGCAGCCCAGGACACUCCCCCCACCUCCACCACUGUCUCCCUCCCACCCGGCUCACAGACUGCCCCGCCCACCUCCACCUCUGAGGCAUCUACCUCUACUAGCACUAGCAUCAGCAAUGGCAAAGAACAUGGGCCAGGAGGGAAAGACGGCAACACCGGAGCUACUGCAGCUGCACUAUUCCCAUGUCUCAUCUACUAUCCUGGCUCAGCAAACAACUACUCUCUGAUGUGGGUCCCGAUUGAUGGGUCGUCCACUGCAGCUCUGAACCAGGCAUCGCAGGCCAUGGCUGCAGGCUCGGGGACUGGGGGCAUGGUCUGGCCUGGCCUCGGGAGUCCUUUCUCUCUCCCCCCUCACGCCUCCUCCUCCUCUACCUCCUCCUCCUCUUCUUCCACCACCUCUUCUACCUCUGGCACUGCCUCUACAUCUACCACUACCACCGCACCCACUAUACCAGGGCUUCCAGCUGAUAUUCCAGCCUCCCCAUCCCUGACAUCAGCUCUCAGUGGACUAAUGGGGCAAAACUACCUACAGUUACUGCAGGCUCUGCAGCAGCAGCAGCAACAGACACAGACACAAGGUGGAACAACAGCAGUAGCUACGAGCAUGGAGCCCACUCCUCAUGCAUCACCUCUUGUCACAUCCUCCUCCGUCCUCCCCUCCUCCCCGUCCCCACUCCUCUCCCUCCCCACCUCCUCCUCCCUCCUCUCCUCCCCCACCGUCGGGAGCUCCCUCACUGUCUCCACCCCUCAGAGACAGACUACCACUCCAGGAGCGGCAUCCUCCCCGCAGGUGGAGUUCAGCACUGGGUCCCAGAUCCAGCUGUGGCAGUUCCUCCUCGAGCUGCUCACGGACCGGGAGAGCCAGACCUGCAUCAAGUGGACCAACAAGUCCGACUGGGAGUUCAAGAUCACCCGACCCUCCAGAGGUCGCCCGGCGCUGGGGAGAACGCAAGAGCAAGCCCACCAUGAACUACGAGAAACUGAGUCGCGGUCUCCGCUACUACUACGACAAGAACAUCAUCAAGAAAGUUCCCAACCAGCGCUACGUCUACCGGUUUGUCUGUGACCUGGAGUCGUUGCUGGGGCUCUCGUUCUCGGAGCUGCAGAAGGCUCUGACUGCCACGGCCGAGCAGGGAACCGCCAUCACCAUCGAGAGGAAACUGAAUGCAACCAAGACACCCAAGAAUGAAGCCGAACAAUGAUGGACAAUUUUUAUUUUGAUGCUGAUUUUACCUCUAUGCUUUUUUAUUUCGGUAAAGAUGUUGCACAUGUUUCUCUUUGUAGAUGUAUGCAUUUUUGAAUGCGCUAAUAGUGCAAUGAGCUAAUAGGGUGUUUGUGUCCAUUAGGCCUGUGCGGAUUAUUCCGGAAUAAUUUUGGAAUAAUAGGCAGUGCAGAUAAGCGGGAAUAAUUCAGGAAUAAUAGGCUGCUUUUUAGCUGAGGGGGCGGGGCAAG